AUGGAUGCUUUGAAAAGUGCUUUCCUCUUCCUUGCGUUCUACGUAGCAACGUCUGCUGCGGGGAACAUGCCCUAUGAUAUCAGUGAUACACCUGAUUCAACUGGAGUCCAAGCCAACGCGCAAAAGCUUCCCUGUACUCUUUUCAUUCGGGAGACAGAUUAUACUGAUGGAUCGGAUGGGAGUGACUGGGAAUGUAAGGUCUCCUCAAAGGACGCCCAAAGUGCUGGCGCUUCUUCUACCGCCCGUUCUGCCAUGGUAGCUAUCGAUGGAAUCGAUCUCGUCCUAGCUGCCAAACCAGACAUCAAAAGUGGCGUUACAACAUUAUUUGCCGAGGGUGCCAUCUUGUCUGAUCGCACUCUUACAAUUAUUGCCAGCAACACCCUUUCGUUUGGUGAAAUCGUUUCUUCAUCUUCAAGAAGAAAGCUAUCGGCCAAAACUGGACCUCUAGAAGUUCUAGUGGUCCGAGUGACCACCAAGGAUGGUUCUUUGACCAAAGACGCUGCUGGGAUCAGUGAUGAUUUGUUUGGAACUGGAACUGACCUUGUGAAUUUCAAAUCCCAAACGGAAGCGUGUUCCAACAAUGCCAUCACCAUUACCCCUGGAACGGGAUCUGGAACUGGAUGCGCUGAUAACACUGGUUAUAGCGCUGGGACAACCACAACUGGAGAGGCUGCAGACUGUGACUGGUUUGUAAACCAGAUGGAGCAAAACGAUGGACGAGACGAAUGUAGUUCUGCUGUCUAUGGAGAUUUUAUUGAUGUCAACGGAAGUGGGCAAAGCGCCCGAGAAGCUUGCUGUAUCUGUAGCGGUGGUACUCCCCAAAGUUACAACAACGAUAUCAUGAUUACGGAUGGUGUCAUUGACAUCUCCGUAAACGUAAACGCCAAUGGACUCAAUCGGUUCGAUCUUGAAGACUUGGUCGAAAACCAGUUGGAGGAUCUCUUUUAUGUCAAUGAUCUUGGUAGCAGAUUUGAUAAUGUCCUCAUGUGUGUACCACAGGGUACAUUCCGCCCAUCAGAUAACUCAAUCGGAUGGAUUGCCUAUGCUUACGUCGGAGGAUGGUUGUCUGUCUACAAUGGAGAUGAUCAGUGCAAUGAUCCGUCAACCCACUUGCACGAAGUCGGACACAAUUGGGGAUUGCAGCAUGCCUCCGAUGAGAAUGACUGUAUUGAAGACAGAACGGCUGGUGGUUACUGCAAUAUCGAAUACGGGGAUAUGACUGGAGUCAUGGGAUAUUCAACACUCAAUCUUGAUGAUGAAAUCUUUGGAAACAAGUAUUGCUUCAACGGUGCACACUCCUGGCAAUUGGGAUGGUACACAGCCUACGAAGAGGAAAUCGAUCCAUUGACAACAGCAUACAUCGGGAAACUGGCAGGUGUUGGGAAACUCCCCAACGUGGGCCCUGAGGAAAAGGUCGUUCUCAAACUCGCGUACCCUAUUCAAGAUUACUAUGUGAUGUACAAUCAUGCCAUUGGAGCAAAUGAAGGAACUGUCGAGGGAGUGAAUACAGUCACCGUUACUUCCAAAGAGAACGAUGCUCAGGCCAAAACCUUCUUGUUGGCCGAGUUGCAGUCUGGUGCUUGGUUCACAGCCCAGUCGUCCGAUGGUGUAUCCCUUUUUACCAUUUAUGUGACAGCCAUUGACGACAGCACCACUGGAACUGCAGAUGUUGAAGUAUUCCCAGGAGCUUUAGCGGAUCGUCCAGACACAACAGUCGUUACUACGCCAGCUGGAUCCAACGGAGACCCUCACUUCAAGACUUGGAAGAAUGAGCAUUAUGAAUACCAUGGACAGUGUGAUAUGAUCCUCGUCAAGGAUCCUGGCUUUGCCGAUGGUUUGGGAAUUGAAAUCCAAAUCCGCACGAAACUUGUUCGUUACUGGAGUUACAUCAAGAGUGUUGCCAUUCGUAUUGGUGACGAUAUCCUUGAAGUGGAGGGUUCAGCUGAUCCCAGCACCACCACCUCUGACCUUCGUUACUGGUACAAUCUCGAAUUCCAAUCUCCCAUGAAAACUCUUGGUGGCUUUCCCAUUAUCAUCAAGAAGAGAGAAUACAGCCACUACAAGCGUGGACUCGAGAUCGAUUUGGGUCCCAUCUUCCCUGGUGAGAAGAUUGAAAUAGCUGCCUGGAAGGAGUUCAUCCGUGUUGACUUUCAGAACGCCUCUGCUGCCUCGUUUGGCAACUCGGUUGGUCUUCUUGGUGAUUUCCACACUGGCAAGACGUUUGGCCGUGAUGGCGCCACGGUCCAUGACGACUUUUUCCGCUUUGGAAACGAAUGGCAAGUCCUUCCAUACGAGGAUAUGAUGUUUCACAUUGUCGAACAACCACAAUUCCCAAAGCAUUGCAUCGAGCCAGAAGAUCCUCAAGGGGAACGGUUUCGUCGUCGAUUGGAGGAAUCUUCUAUUGAACAAAAAGAUGCCGAACAAGCCUGUGCCAGUCUCAUGGAUGCGCUCGAUCGCAAGGACUGUGUCUACGAUAUCCUUGCCACUCAAGACUUGGACAUGGCUGGAGCCUAUUAG